GAAUUUAUUUGAUAUAUUAUAUUCAGAAGCCACAUACAAAUUAACCUUUUAUGAAAUUAUACCACGAGGAGUUAACUUCCGUAGAAUUGCUUCUUAAUGACAUUAAAAAUGCUUCGAAUAGGCGCUAUGCUUUUGAUGAUCUGCACCUGCAGUACACUCUCUGCAGACGUCCUAAUGGCAACACAGGGUGGUACAAAGUCUCACAAAAUACCUUUUUGGGAGCUGGCUAAGGGACUUAUAGCCAGGGGUCACAAUAUUACUUUCCUAAGUGGCUUCCCUGCAGAUUUUCACAUUGAAGGUCUGAACGAGAUAACUCCAGCUGGUUUAGUUGAAUACAUUCAAAACUAUACCAAUUGGGAUUUACUUGGUUCACGAAUGGCUGGAGAUAUGCCCAUUAAGCCAUGGGAUGGUCUGAGAUAUGCAUUCGAAUCAUGCGACGCAAUGCUGCGGGACACGGAGACUAGAGAGUUGUCAACUCGAAGCUUCGACUUAGCCAUAUUGGACGGCGCCUUCCCCGAAUGCGCGUUAGGAUUGGUGCACCUGCUAAAGAUCCCAUUUAUGUAUAUAAACACAGUAGGCUUCUAUACUGGUAGCCUAUCUAUUGCUGGAAAUCCGGCAAGCUAUGCCGUAACGCCGAACUUUUAUUCUCGAUUUACGGACACGAUGAGUAUCUACCAACGGGCUAUAAAUACGGGCAUGCAAAUUGGACAAAACCUUUUGCAUAUGUACGUUAUGCGGCGAACGCAUCUUGUGUUGCAAGAACAUUUGGGCAGCCAUAUACCGCACCCUUAUGAAAUGGCUCGUAAUGUAAGCUUUAUUUUACAAAAUGGCCACGCAGUGGUGUCCUAUCCCAGAGCCUUGAAUCCAAAUGUGGCAGAGGUGGCUUGCAUUCACUGUAAACGAGCUAGGAAACUUCCAAAAGAUCUAGAGGACUUUAUUGGUGCUUCUGGAGUCUCGGGAUUUAUCUAUGUAUCGAUGGGUUCAUCUGUAAAAGCUGCGAAUAUGCCCGAAUCGCUCCGUCGCAUGCUUGUAAAGACGUUUGCCCACCUGCCAUAUCAUGUGCUUUGGAAGUACGAAGGAAAUGCGGCAGACAUACAUGAUCUUACUUCAAACGUGAAACUUUCACGGUGGCUGCCUCAACAGGACAUAUUGGGUCAUCCUAAACUACGAGCUUUUGUCACGCACGGAGGUUUGCUUAGCAUGUUUGAGACUGUAUUUCACGGAGUACCAGUCGUAACGAUGCCAGUAUUCUGCGAUCAUGAUGUUAAUUCUGCCAAAGCCGAGGUAGAUGGCUACGCCGUCAAGCUGGAUCUUGAGACGCUGUCUACCAAUCAACUUUAUAAGGCAAUCAUGAAAGUGAUUCAUGACCCGCGCUACAGAAAUGCAGCUCGCUAUCGUCAGAAUCUUUUACUAGAUCAGCGCUCGACAGCUUUGGAGACGGCCAUAUACUGGACCGAAUAUGUGCUGCGUCACAAAGGCGCUUAUCAUUUGCAAGCACCUUCGCGAAAUAUGACAUGGUGGCAGUACUAUCUUCUAGACGUGUUUUCCCUUUAUAUGAUUGCUCUCUUCAGCUUACUUAUUUUACUGAAACGCCUUGACUUUCGGAAUGAGAAGGUACACAGCAUUCAUAUCACUACGUUUGCCUCCCCAACCGCAUCGAGAAUGAAGCCUAAGAAGCUUUAACUGGAACCUUCUUUUACAAAAAUGCUUAGUAAUAAGAAAGUUUUAAAUUGUACUUAAGCAGCCAAAGUUUACUUGAGCAUGCCUCAGAAUAGGAACAAAUUGAUUUUCUUGUUACAAAUCAAUGGGAGUUAAAGCCUUGUAAAUACGUUUUUACAUUUAUAAUUAAAGAAAUGAAAAAUCUAGCCAAAGUCUACAAAUCAAAGUGUGCCGAAAAGUUAAUUACAAAUGCAAUUUAGUCAUGGACCCAUAUAUCAGGCCUGUGGUCCUUUCACUCUACGUUAAAUAAAUAAAA